UGCUCGCCGCAUUGCCCUGCUCCCGCUGAUCGCCGCCACGUUACAGAACUCCCACGCAUAUAGACUUACAGGCAACAGGCAUCUACCUGGCACACUCACCCGCCGAGCCUGGGCUCCAUUGCCAUCUUAGAAACCAUGUUGUCGAAGUUCGAGACAAAGUCGAAUCGGGUGAAAGGUCUGGCUUUUCACCCCAAGCGCCCCUGGAUUUUGGCGUCGCUUCACAAUGGCUCUGUUCAAUUAUGGGACUAUAAAAUGGGAACGCUCAUUGAGCGGUUCGAUGAGCACGAAGGCCCAGUACGCGCUGUAGCGUUUCAUCCUACCCAGCCACUGUUUGUCUCCGGUGGUGACGACUACAAAAUCAAAGUUUGGAACUGGAAAACGCGGAGAUGCCUCUUCACGUUGAACGGGCACAUCGACUAUAUCAGGACUUUGUCCUUCCACCACGAGAGCCCUUGGAUUCUCAGUGCUUCCGACGAUCAGACGAUUCGGAUUUGGAACUGGCAAUCUCGCAACUGUAUCUCCAUCUUGACCGGUCACAAUCACUACGUUAUGUCUGCACAAUUCCACCCGAAGGACGACCUGGUCGUCUCUGCAUCCCUGGAUCAGACCAUCCGAGUUUGGGACAUCUCUGGUUUGCGGAAAAAACAUGCGGCAGCACCAGGAACCGGCCCUGUCGAUUACGAUAUGCGGAUGGGAGGGCCUGGAGGGCAAGGGGAGCUCUUUGGGAACACCGAUGCUAUGGUGAAAUACGUAUUGGAGGGUCAUGACAGAGGAGUAAACUGGGCGACUUUCCACCCAAAUCUACCCCUGAUUGUGUCGAGUUCUGAUGACCGCACGAUCAAGCUGUGGAGAAUGAAUGAAACUCGCGCCUGGGAGGUCGACACAUGUCGUGGGCAUUACAACAAUGUCUCGUCCGUUCUGUUCCACCCACGCCAAGAUUUGAUUCUCAGUAACUCGGAGGACAAAACCAUUCGAAUCUGGGAUCUGAAUAAGCGCACUGCGCUACAGACCUUCCGCAGGGAGCACGACAGGUUCUGGAUCAUGGCCGCGCAUCCUGAGCUCAAUUUGUUCGCCGCAGGGCAUGACACCGGUCUCAUCGUUUUCAAACUGGAGCGCGAGCGUCCAGCUCACGCAACCCACCAAAACAUGCUCUACUACGUGAAGGACAAAUUCCUCCGAUCGCACGACUUCCAGACCGGUAACGACGUGCCCCUCAUUACCAUCCGUCGCGGUGCGACGGGACAAGUGCCUCCACCUCGCGCCCUAUCAUACAACCCAGCAGAGCAUUGUGCUCUGAUUACUUCCUCGCAGGACGGGGGUAUCUACGAGCUUUACAGCCUCCCACGUGGGCAGGGAACUGGGGAGAGCGUUGAGGCGAAGCGCGGGACGGCCUCGUCUGCUGUGUUUGUGGCGCGAAAUCGGUUUGCGGUUCUUGACAAAACGAACCAGCAAAUCUACAUCAAAGACCUGCGCAACGAGAUGGUGAAGCAGUUCAAGCCACCGUCUACCGUCCAGGAUAUUCAGUACGCUGGCUCCAAAAACAUUCUCCUCAUUACCAGUACAUCUGUGAUUCUGUUCGACACCGAACUCCGAACGAGUCUCGGAGAGCUUAACGUGACUGGCGUACGCUAUGUGGUGUGGGCACCGGACAUGUCGGUCGUUGCUUUCAUUAGCAAGCACACAAUCGUCAUUGCCACCAAGGAAUUGGAGCAACUGUGUCUCAUACACGAGACGAUCAAGAUCAAGAGUGGAACAUGGGAUGAUGUUGGCGUGUUCUUGUAUUCGACGCUCAACCACAUCAAAUACGCGCUUCCACAGGGUGACAACGGCAUCAUCCGAACAGUGGAGCAACCCGUCUACCUCACCAGAAUCAAGGGCAAGAACGUCCACUGCCUAGACCGCGACGGCAAGGUCCGCGCCAUCGCCAUCGACCCAACCGAAUACCGUUUCAAGCUUGCUCUCGUCCGCAAGAACUACAAUGAAGUUCUACAUUUGAUCCGUACCUCGAAUUUGGUCGGACAGUCGAUUAUUGCGUAUUUACAGAAGAAGGGGUAUCCGGAGGUCGCACUGCACUUUGUGAAAGACGCCAAAACCCGGUUCGAAUUGGCUAUCGAGUGUGGUAACCUUGCUGUGGCUGUCGAGACCGCGCAGGCCAUCAAUAGGGAAGAAUGCUGGCAGAAGCUGGCACAGGAGGCUUUGAAGCAAGGAAAUCACCAGGUUCUGGAAAUGGCGUAUCAGAAGGUGGCGAACUACGAGCGAUUGUCGUUCUUGUACCUCAGCACGGGAAACACGGAUAAGCUCCGGAGGAUGCUGAAGAUUGCUGAGAAGCGAAAUGACACUAUGUCGCGGUACCAUAAUGCGCUCUAUCUUGGGGAUAUCGAGGAGCAGAUUCGGUUGUUGAAGGAUGUCGGACAAUUACCUCUUGCCUACCUCGCCGCGAAAACCCACGGACUUACGGAUGAGGCUGCUUCCAUCCUGGCCGCCGCCGGCUUGGAGUCCGAGCCGGAUAUCCCAAGAGGCGGGCAACUCCUCAAAGUCCCAACGCCACUCCUCCGCCAAGGCAACUGGCCCCAACUCGCGGUCUCCAAAGGCUUCUUCGAGCAAGGCCUACUCGGAGAGGGCCAAGCCGCACCCACAACAAUGGAAAACCAAGUCAUGCGCGAAACCGGCGGCUGGGCGGAUGAAGAGGCAGAAGUGCACGAAACCCCGCAAGAAGCACAGCGCCUCGACUCCGUCAACGCCGCCGUGGACUUCGACGGUGCCGCGGGAGACGCAUGGGGUCUGGACGAAGACCUCGGUAUCCCGGACGUCAUCCAACCCGCAGCGGCGUCCCCGACCGAGUCAUCCACCGCCGGUCCCCGGAUCCCGCCGCCCGGAACAAACUUCAACGACACGUGGGCGCGCAACUCCGGUCUGGCGGCCGACCAUGCCGCAGCCGGAGCGUUCGAGAGCGCGAUGCAGCUGCUGAAUAGACAGAUUGGCGCGACGAACUUCACGCGUUUGCAGCCGCUUUUCCUCGCGGCGUGGCAAGGAUCCAGGGUGUAUAUGCCGAUGAAUGCGCCGUUGGCGCCCGUUGCGCUUCCGCUGCAGCGCGCGUCGGAACGGCCGUUGCCGCAUCGGGCUUUGACGUUGUCGUCUUUGUUGAGUAAGCUGCAGGAGGCUUAUGCUGCGACUACGGGCGGACGAUUCUCGGAAGCGCUCGCUACCUUCAAGGUGAUCUUGCAGCAAAUUAUCCUUACCGUCGUCGACCGUGAGGAUGAAGUUGCCGAGAUCGGACAACUAGUCGACUCCUGCCGCGAAUACAUCCUCGGCCUGCAAAUGGAACUCAACAGGCGGGGUCUGAGCCCCGAGACGCAGUCCCCACGGAUGCUGGAACUUGCCGCAUAUUUCACACACUGUCAGCUGCAGCCGCCACACGUGCAGCUCAGUCUGCAGGCUGCGAUGGGGUUGGCGUUCAGGUUGCAGAACUUUGUUACGGCUGCUCAUUUUGCGCAGAAGUUGCUGGAGAUGAACCCUUCGCCUGGUGUCGCCCAGAAGGCCCGCGCCCUCCAAGACCGAGCCCAACAAACACCCACCGACGCCGUAACGAUCGAGUACGACAAAUUCAACCCCUUCGUAGUCUGCGGCGCGUCGUACACGCCCAUCUACCGCGGCAGCCCGACGACGACGUGCCCGUACUGCCGGGCGUCGUACAAGCCGGAGUUUGCGGGCGGGUUGUGCUCUGUGUGUGAGAUUUCGCAGGUUGGCGCGCCGGGCACGGGGUUACGGAACGCUUAGAUGUGGGUGGGGUGUUUUGUACCUUCUAUUUUUCUUAAUCGUUCUGCCUGCUUGCCUGUGCCUCCUUCCCUUUUCCGUCUAUAUUUGGGGCUCAAUGAGACUAUUUUGCGC